AAAGGUCACAUCUUGUGAACAGGCACAUUUAAAGCAGAGCGGCAUCGUGCGUGAUGAUGGAGCGAGCCCUGCUGUGGUUCGGGCUGGCGGCCCUAGCCGCUUCCUACACAAUACCUGUUUCCCCUGAGGUACACGAGGUGUACGAGAACGGCGAGGACGAGAACCCCGUCCUGAACCCCGGAUUAGAGGCCAACCUGCUUGAAGGGGACAUUUUAACUCCAGAGGGAAGGAAUGCAAUGGUUGACAAAAGAUACAGGUGGACAUUUCCAAUUGCUUACAUUCUGGGUGAUGAUUUGGAUCUGAACGCCAAGGGCUGUGUCCACCAGGCUUUUGAAAUGUAUCGGCUGAAGUCUUGCGUUGACUUCAAGCCUUAUGAGGGAGAGAGGUCCUUCAUCAAGUUUGUAAAGAAAGGAGGGUGUUUCUUUGGUGACCAGCAGACAGGACAGAUUCUGUCUCUGGGGCCGGGCUGUGACCACAAGGCGGUGAUUGAACACGAGCUGCUCCACGCUCUGGGGUUUUACCACGAACAGUCCCGCACAGACAGGGACGACUACGUCGACAUCUGGCUGAAUCAGGUGACGCCGGGACUGGAAAACAACUUCAACAAGUACAACGACGACUACAUCACCGACCAAAACACGGCGUACGACUACGAGUCUGUCAUGCAUUACAGACCCUUCUCUUUCAAUAAGAACGAAUCCAUCCCCACCAUCACCACCAAAAUCCCAGAAUUCUACAACAUCAUCGGCCAGUACCUGGACUUCAGCGAGUUGGACACCCUCAGGCUCAACCGAAUGUACAACUGUUCUGGUCCUCUCACUCUGCUGGACCAGUGUGCCUUUGAGUACGCCAGCAUAUGCGGGAUGAUCCAAGCCACCUCCGACGAUGCCGACUGGGUUCGCACCAAGAGCAGCGUAAGAGCAGAGGAUCACACCCUCCUGGGGAGAUGCAGAGAUGCUGGGUACUUUAUGCACUUCAGCACCAUGACUGGGAAGCCUCUGGAGUCUGCACUGCUGGAAUCCCGAACACUCUACCCCAAGAGGAAGCUUCAGUGCCUGUAGUUCUUCUACAAGAUGACUGGAAGCCCAGAGGACAAGCUGGUGAUCUGGGUCAAGACGGACGACGGCACAGGCGUCGUUCGUAGAGUGAAAAAAUUACACACCUUUUAUGCUGAUUCUGAUCACACAUGGAAGAUCGCCCACGUCCCAAUGGAGCUAGAAGAAAAAUUCCGCUAUUUUUUCCAAGCGGCGCGGGGCGACCCUGCCUCAUCCGCCGGUGGCAUCUACAUAGACGACAUCAGCCUGACCGAAACGCGCUGCCCCAACGCCGUGUGGAGGAUCCAGAACUUCUCCAAGAUCAUGGAAACGGCCAACGGCAGCACAGUUAUUGACAGCCCUCGUUUCUACAGCCCCGAAGGCUACGGCUAUGGCGUCCGCCUGAUGCCCCUGUCCACGUACAGCGAUUACACCGGGAACUACGUGGGGCUGUACUUCCACCUGAUCAGCGGGGAGAACGAUGCAGUAGUGCAGUGGCCAGCGGUUAACAGACAGGCAACCUUGGUGGUGAUGGACCAAGACCCAGACGUUAAGCUGAGGAUGUCCUCAGCUCGCAGCCUCACCACCGAUAUGAGUAACAAGUCAGACGGACAGCUGUUUUGGGACAAUCCCUCCAAGGGGGGGACGUACGACCCUUCCUGCUACUGCUACAGAAGCCAAUCGUGGGGCUGGAGGAACUUUAUCAAACACUUUGACCUCAUGCGGCGCAACUACCUCAAGAACGACGACCUCAUCAUCUUUGUGGACUUUGAAGACAUUACAUCACUGAUCAAUACUGAAGUUCCCAUGAAGCCACAGGAGUAAGGUCACACAGGACCUGACACCAUGAUGGACUUGAGACUCAACGUAUGAAGCUGGGACGCAGAGAAUGACCUGUGAAAAUGAAGAAGAGAUUGAGGAUUACUGCUAGACACAUUUUAAGAGUUAUACUCAUAAUAGAAAACAAUGAAUAGUGUUUUUGCAUGAUUAGCUUUUAAACAGAAUCAUCAUUUUAGAACAUUAUCAUUUUUUGCAUCAAUAAAUGCUGUUAAAGUAGGUUGUUAACAAACUAGCUUGUGGUGUAUUUGUUUUGGAGAAAUGGACUCUUUAAGCUUUAAAUUGACUUGUAUUCAUAUUUUUUAAUGUCUUAAAAAGUAAUAAAGACUUUUAUCAUAUGAAAUGAUUUGUAGUAUAUU